CCCAGAGGUUUAAGUGGGGGUUUGCUUGUAUUAUGGAGCAGGGAUGUUGUUAUUAAGCAUAUUAUUAGCAAUCAUUUCUGUAUUCAAUUAGAAGUGGAUAAUAUAGGUGUGAGUGGUUCUUUUUGGGUUGUUUUUAUUUAUGCUAGUUCUGAUAAGAAUGAGAGAAUCCAACAAUGGAAUUUUCUUGAAUCUGCUAGAU